AUGGAAGGGGCGGCUUCUCGGCGAACAGGACUGUGUCCUGAACUCUUAUUUCUGGGCGUCUCGAGGGUGGACGUGCUUAGUGAUCGAUCAGUUCAUCGUUGUUUGCCUUCAGUAGUCCUUGUUUUCCGCGAGCUGCAUCCAGUUAGCCACGCCCGGAUUGCACGACCGCAUUGUAUUCAACUGCAGCAAGCUGUGAAAAUGCAAACUACAGAUUUAUCUGUAGUUCAAGUAGACUUGACAGCGCUGCAGAACAGUUUUAGUGAUCCUGUGUGGAAAUUUCAGUGUGGGGAAAAAAAUAGUGGCUUUGAUGUCCUUUACCAUAAUAUGAAACAUGGACAGAUAUCAACAAAAGAACUGGCAGAUUUUGUAAGAGAAAGAGCUACAAUAGAAGAGGCGUACUCCAGAUCAAUGACAAAACUAGCAAAAUCUGCAAGCAAUUAUUCACAACUUGGGACAUUUGCACCAGUGUGGGAUGUGUUCAAAACAUCUACAGAGAAAUUAGCAAAUUGUCACUUGGAUCUUGUUAGAAAAUUACAAGAAUUAAUAAAAGAAGUUCAGAAAUAUGGAGAAGAACAAGUAAAAUCUCAUAAAAAGACUAAAGAAGAAGUUGCGGGAACUCUGGAAGCUGUUCAAACCAUUCAGACCAUUACUCAGGCCCUCCAGAAAUCCAAGGAAAGUUACAAUGGCAAGUGUGUAGAACAGGAGCGUUUGAGGAAGGAAGGAGCUACGCAAAGAGAAAUAGAAAAGGCAGCUGUUAAAUCUAAGAAAGCCACAGAUACCUAUAAACUCUAUGUGGAAAAAUAUGCAUUAGCAAAAGCUGAUUUUGAACAGAAAAUGACAGAAACAGCUCAGAAAUUUCAAGAUAUUGAAGAAACUCAUCUCAUUCACAUAAAGGAAAUUAUAGGAUCCCUGUCAAAUGCUAUAAAGGAAAUUCAUUUACAAAUAGGCCAGGUCCAUGAAGAAUUUAUAAAUAACAUGACUAACACUACAGUUGAAAGCUUGAUACAAAAAUUUGCUGAGUCAAAAGGCACUGGGAAGGAAAGACCUGGCCUCAUUGAAUUUGAAGAAUGUGACCCUGCUAGUGCAGUUGAAGGUAUAAAACCAAGGAAAAGAAAGACUUUUGGUUUGCCAGGAAUAAUUAAAAAGGAAAAGGAUGCAGAGUCCGUGGAAUGCCCUGAUGCAGAUUCACUUAACAUUCCUGAUGUAGAUGAAGAAGGCUAUAGUAUAAAACCAGAAGCAAAUCAGAAUGAUACCAAAGAGAACCAUUUCUACUCAUCUAGUGAUUCUGAUUCUGAAGAUGAAGAGCCAAAGAAGUACCGGAUAGAGAUCAAGCCUGUGCACCCAAACAACUCGCAUCACGCCGUGGCUUCCUUGGAUGAGUUGAAAGUGUCCAUAGGAAACAUCACACUCUCCCCAGCAGUAUCUAGACACAGCCCAGUGCAGAUGAAUCGGAAUUCGUCUAGUGAAGAGUUAACAAAAUCAAAGCCGUCUGCUGCAUCCAAUGAGAAAGGGACCAGUGAUUUACUGGCUUGGGACCCCCUGUUUGGACCAUCUCUUGAUGCCUCUUCAGCUUCACUGACUUCAUCAUCAUCAGCAGCCAGGCCCACAACUCCUCUUUCUGUAGGCACCAUUGUCCCGCCUCCAAGGCCUGCGUCCAGACCAAAGCUUACUGCAGGCAAACUCAGCGGCAUUAAUGAAAUACCUAGGCCAUUCAGCCCACCUGCAGCUUCCAGUACCAGCCCGCCUCCUGCCGCCCCGCUAGCCCGGGCAGAAAGCUCUUCCUCCAUCUCCUCUGCGGCUUCCCUGAGUGCUGCCAACACUCCAACAGUGGGUGUGUCACGAGGUCCCAGCCCUGUCAGCCUUGGAAGUCAGGACACCUUACCCGUGGCAGUCGCCCUUACAGAGUCUGUGAAUGCCUACUUCAAAGGAGCAGAUCCCACCAAGUGUAUUGUGAAGAUCACUGGUGACAUGACAAUAUCGUUUCCGAGUGGAGUUAUCAAAGUCUUCACUGGCAAUCCGUCUCCCGCCGUGCUGUGCUUCAGGGUGAAAAACACCGGCAGACUGGAGCAAAUUCUUCCAAACGCACAGCUUGUGUUCAGUGAUCCAUCACAGUGUGAUUCUAACACAAAAGAUUUUUGGAUGAACAUGCAAGCUGUUACUAUCUACCUCAAGAAGCUUUCAGAGCAAAAUCCAGCUGCUUCUUAUUAUAAUGUAGAUGUGUUAAAGUAUCAGGUAUCAUCAAAUGGUAUUCAGUCCACUCCUCUAAAUCUUGCAACGUAUUGGAAAUGUAGUGCUGGCACCACAGAUCUGAGAGUGGAUUAUAAGUACAACCCAGAAGCCAUGGUGGCCCCCAGCGUGCUCUCCAACAUUCAGGUGGUGGUCCCAGUGGAUGGAGGAGUCACGAACAUGCAGUCCCUUCCCCCUGCAGUAUGGAAUGCAGAACAGAUGAAAGCCUUUUGGAAGCUGUCUGGUAUUUCCGAAAAAUCAGACAAUGGAGGCUCUGGGUCCCUCAGAGCAAAGUUCGAUCUUUCAGAAGGACCCAGUAAACCCACAACCCUUGCGGUGCAGUUCCUCAGCGAGGGGAGCACCCUCUCAGGAGUGGACGUCGAGCUCGCAGGCACUGGCUACAGGCUUUCCUUAGUCAAGAAGCGGUUUGCCACCGGGCGCUACCUGGCGGACUGUUGACAGGCCUGGGAAGGCGGUCGGCUCGAGGGAGGAGUGCAAACCUGCCAUUCUGCGUUCUCUGUUCUUUCCGAACGCUCUUCUACCUUGUCUGAUGCUUUGAGACUUUCGACAUAUUCGAGAGCUGACCACACGCUUUAAGUUGCACUUUUGAAGUGAGUCAUCGAAAGAAACAGCGCUGCACCAGUUUUCAGCGCUGUCAGUGAUGAGCUGCAAUAUUCGGGAAGCACAUUUAUUCAGAUUCUCAGUAAAAUGAAGUUUUCCUAGGCUCAAAUUUUAAAUUAUCUUCAGUGUCUAUGUUGUCUGUGUUGACAGAAGGGUUAUAGUGUAAUGUCAGGCCUAAACUGUCUGGAGAGCAAGCACAAAGUAAUUUACUUUCCAUAAAUUUCUAGUCAGAGAUGGCUUUGAAAUUUCAUAAGUUUGAUAUUGAAUGGAUACAAACACCGUGAAUUCCGAGUUUUGGAUAAUGUUAAUUUAGAACACUCAGUCAAAUUGAGUGAUGUGCCAUAAAGCAAUCAGACCAGAGUUGAGGUGUAUGCAGAACAUCUAUAAUUUGAUUCUCAUAUAAACAUAUUAAUAAAGUGUUAUAAAUGGUGUUUUAUAUGAUUUUUUUAACCCUCAAGUGCAAUGUGUUUUAAAAUAAGCUUGCAAAAGACAGCAGAAAGAGUUACUUCUGCGGUUAGUUAACUUUAUAGAAGUUGUGAUUGUUUUCAUGAAUUAAUGCUGUAGAUUUAAUUUAUUUUUAUAUGGGUUACAUAAUAUGUGCCUUUUAAAACAAUAACAAAAACCGAAAAUGUGCCUAUCCAGUUUGUGAGCAUUAACGCGCCUCACUUUUUCCUCACAAUCUGGAUCUUCUAUUCAGAAUCUUAUGGUGGUCAAGCAUUUUUACAAAAUAUUUUGCAAUUUUUGUAAGUACCUUUGGUUGCAAUUGAGAAGAAAAUUCAGAAUAACUAAAGGAUAAUCUAUAUUUAAGAACUCUGGCUCACUUCUUUAGUGAUACACUGUAGCCACUAGAAAGAGAAAUAUACCUAAUGGCAUAUGUUUACAGGGAAAAAAGUUACCUUCAGAUAUUCCGCCUUAACCUCAUCAGAAGUAUGUAAAUCUUAACACAAAUUCUGAAAAACUGUAAUGGUAAGUUGAUGACUGGUAUUUUAACCCUCAAUGUCACAUUUCCCUUCACUCUGUUUAUCAUUGGAAAUUUACACAUUUAUUUACUGAUUGUGUUGUGAGCAUGAAUUUUGUAGUAUUUUGUGAGGAACAUAAUUUAGAAAAGAUUAGUUUUAGCAUUAGAGAGAGAAGUGCUGCCUUUUUUUUCAUUUCAAUGAUUGGAAAAAUUACCAGUUUGUAUGUUUUUAUUCUUGUUUAAUUGCCACCUGCUAAAAAUAGGGAAAUCAUUUGAAGUGAUGGAUUGGGCUAAGCAUUUCUUAAACUACUAAUAUUAAAUAGUAAAAAGUCUAACUUAAAGCAAAUCCUGAUUAAUUGAAGGAAUUAAAUAUUUUGGACAAAGCUUCAUAAUUUACAGACGGGAAUUUUAUUUAUAGGGAUAAGUACCAAUGUCCUGCAUUUUGCAUAGAAAUGAUAAAUUGUGUUAUAUAUGAUAAUAUAAAACCACUAAUUGUUCUGUUAAGCUUUACAGAAAAUAAAACCCCUACUACUAGACAUUUGUGUAACAUCCUGACAUACUAAACACAGCAGAAAAUCUACUCGUUAGCAACAUAUAUAACACGGUAUGUGCUUUCUUUUAUAUAUUCACUGUUAGCCCAAUUCUAAGUUUAAAUUUGACUAAAGCAACACAAGACAAUUUGCUAAAAUAUUCAUCUUUACUAGAUAGUGAGCAAAAUUAGAAUCUCUGACUCUUCCAUUGUGUUCUUUCAAGCGGAGUUCCAGUCCCUCGCUGGCACCCUAACUGUAACGGCUUUGCGGUCAAACUGCUUCUGCCAGGCAGUUGAUACUUCGUUAUUGGGAUUCAGACACCGUAUACUCACCGUUUGUUUUUAAUCAAGUAUUUACCUAAAAAUGUACAAAUUAGUGAAAUGGUUAAACUUCUGCACUUUCUUAAUUACCACAGUCUUCAUACCAAGUGUUGAUACAUAAAUUUGUAUUGGGUGCAGGUUACAAUUUUGAAGCCAUAUGAGUUUAUAUUGAUUUUUUUCAUUUAAAAUCCACUAAUGGUGUAAAAAAGACCAGUAGAUUUUCAAUGGGAAAUGUAUUUAGCAAGCUGGUUCUUGCUUAUGUAUAGUGAUAAACUUUGUAGCUGCCUCUUUAACCAAGAAUUUGUAAACACAGAACUCUAACAAAUGUGAGUUUUUAAGAAUUGUUAUUUACUACUUUGAGUUGUAAUUAGAACAAUGCAAAUCUAUCUUACAAAAUUUUGUAAAUAUUUUUGAUUUUUUCAUAAAAUGUAAAUUUUACGUAAGAGUUGUGCCCUUAAUAAACAUGUAAUAUAUAAUUUA